AGGCAUCAAAUCUAGCAACUCUUUAUUGUGUGUGGAAGGUAGAGAACUAAGAAAAAAUGGAGGAACCAGCUGAAAUGGUGGGAAGGGCAUUUGUGGAUCAUUACUACCACUUGUUUGAUAAUGACAGGGCUUCACUAUCUUCUCUUUAUAGGGACACCUCCAUGUUGACCUUCGAGGGACAGAAAAUUGCUGGGGCCACUGAAAUCUGUUCCAAGCUCACCCAGCUGCCGUUGGGUGAAUGCCGGCACGUCAUCAGCACCAUCGACUCUCAGCCGUCGUCGCCCACCGGUGGCGGCGUUGUUGUCUUUGUCAGUGGGAGCCUCCAGUUGGCCGGAGAGGAGCAUCAUCUCAGGUUUAGCCAGAUGUUUCAUUUGAUUCCAACAGCAGAAGGACGCUUCUAUGUGCAGAAUGAUAUAUUUCGUCUCAGCUACGGUUAAUUUCAAGUUUGAUUCGUCAUUGACAGUGCCAGCUGCU